AUGGCUCGAGUCGGCAAGAGCAGAGCCACGCGCUCGCUGCGUGUCCCUUCCUCACUCCUCUUUGCUGCAGUGCUGCUUCUCCUGGCCAGUCCCGAAGCUCGGGCCGCAGAUGUCAAGAGUUCCAAUCCGCUGAAUUGCGAUCACCCGCUUGUGAUCAAUGGAGUCACAUACGACCUAUCGCCCCUAGCCGCCCUUGCCCAACCUAUCAUCCUCACUUCCUCCCUCCCCACCCCUCCUUCCGUAACCCGCACCUCCGUCUCUCUAAACGUCUGCGCCAAGCUUCCACCCCCUUCCUCCUCCACACCCGCAGACGAAGCCUGUCCCAGCUCCUCCCGCAUCUGCCAAAUCAUCUCCUCUGCCAGGGGCUCCAGUCCAGAGGUCAUCACUCAGGUGAUCCCACUCGCGACAGAAGACUACGGUUAUGAAGUCACACUAGGGGACCGUGACGGUAGUGGUGGUGAGCAGAACCUCGAAUGGGAGUUCCACGGUCCUACAUACGCGGGGAGGCGGCAGGAGGUGGAGAUCAAGAUGGUUUGUGACCCAACGGCUUCGGCUGCUGAUGCGGGUAAGCUGGAAUGGAGGGGGUACGAGAGUCUAGAGGGAAAGGCAAAGAUUUAUUGGAGGAGUAGCGUGGCUUGUCCUGCAAAGAGGAGCGAUGGGUCCUCGGGAAGUGGGAGUGGAGGGAGUAGCGGGGGAGGGAGUGAUGCAGGGGGAGGGUGGGGAUUCUUCAGCUGGUUCUUCUUCCUAACCACCAACGGUAUGGUGUUGCAGAAAUCCCACAUCGGGACUUUUGGCGAGAGGCCCCGUAUCUCGUACAACCAGGACGAUGAUGAUGGUGAUGAUACCCGCGAGGAGAAGGAACAGAAGCAGAAUGCGCCUUCCUCGUCCUUUGGAGCGGAGGAUGAUGCGGCCUUCCUCGAUGCACUCGCUGCUUGGCCGCUGACUCAAGCUGUUGGAGUUCAUGAGUCUAGGUCGAUCAAAGUUAAUGGAGAGGAACAAGAAGCAAUCCCCACAGAUCUGAAGAGGGGCGUUCCUGAGGAAGAAGAUGGGUCAAAGAUGGCGACCAUGAAGCUUUCCGAGGUGCUACCAGAGCACUACAAUGGCCAAGGUCUGCCGAGAGGUGGCGGCACGUCGUGGCGUAAGCGUGCUCGCUUUUCAGAAGCUGAAGAUCACUCCGAGGCCGUCGCAGAAGAGGCAAAGAAUGCCUCCUCGGCUGCACCCACUUCGUGCUACCUGCAAAGUGGCGCAUACGAUGCGCUCAAGUUUGGGGAUUUCAGCACUUACAUGCGCAACAAGCGAGCGAAGCUAAAGGUGCAAGAGCAUUCUCUCAAGGAGCAAGAAGAGGCCCUAUUAGCUGCUGUUGGCUCAUCAGCAUCUACGGCCGAGAUUCCCUCAGCACCCCCGCUGUUUCAAGGCUGCACAAUCUAUAUCAACGGGCAUACCGUGCCGCCUUAUGCCGAGCUGCGACGCCUCAUCGUCCUACACGGAGGCAACUUCAUGGCCUAUCUUGAUCAAAAGUCUCCCGUUACACACAUUGUCGCUUCCAAUCUCACUCCAAAGAAAAGGGUCGAAUUUGCAGCUUACAGGGUCGUCACGCCCCAAUGGAUUACGGAGAGUAUUCGGCUUGGGAAGAGGUUGGCAUGGCAUGACUUCAAGGUUGAGGCCGAUGCCGGAGGGGCGAUUGGGAGCGCAAAGCUGCCUGGUGCCAAGCCACUGGUGCAAGCGGGAAAUGCUGCAAGUUCGGCCACUGGACAGGGUAUGUCCUCGUCCUCGUCUUCUUACCUCGCGUCUGGCCAAGUAGGACAGAAGUCACUGGGCGCUAGGGCGGGCGCUUCACCAUCGACCUACCUAGCCGAUGCUACUCCCUGGGGGCGAGUGUCUGCCCAAAAAAAGCUGACGGGGCUGCAGCGCACGCGUGGCGCUGAGAAGACAAAGAAAGGCGAGAAAUCAAGAAAUCCGUCAGGAGCAAUCGAAGCUUCGAAGUCGACGAGCCCUACAAAGCCAGACGUACCGCCGGCUCUAGCCGCCGAAGGCACGGUUCCGCCCGAACAAGACGACAAGCAGGUGAUUCAAGCUGAUCUUGAGCCGAUGGAGCCGACAGCCGAAGGACAGCAGGAGCAGGCUCCGGAAAAGGAGACCCCGCCAAGUGGACCCCCUCUCACCCCUGAGGAUAUGGAGUGGUUACGGAAUGUUGAGACACCACCGAAGCCCAAAGCCAAGACGGGACAUGACGCAAGGGAUGUGCAGCAGCUGAAUGGAUCAGCUGAAGUGGCAGAUCCUGACCCUGUCAUCAAGGAUGCGGCUGGAGCAGUGGGGCUCUCAUCCAAUAUCAGUCCCGUAAAGCCUGAAGGCACUGAGACAUCCGCACACCCUGUGACGCCCACUAGAGUCAAGUCAUUGGAAGCGACAAUAGGGACAGACCCACCAAGUCGCAAAGCGGCCGAAGCAGCGGGGUUUACGCACCCCGGUCAUCCUUACUCGAAGCGCCCAUCAAAUACUCACGCCGCGAGGCUCCUGGCAUCCCCUUCCUGGCGUGAGCAGAAUACAGCCACGAGCGAAUCCUUCUUAUCUGGCUUCUUCGCAAAGUCUAGAUUGCAUUACCUGAGUACUUGGAAAGGCGAGCUGAAGGAUUUGGUCAGUCAGGCUCUCAAGGAUGCCGGUAAGGAGGAGGGUAGUCAGACCCUGCCCAAGGGAAUGCACAGAGUCAUUAUGCACGUCGACUUCGACAGCUUCUUCGUCAGCGUUGGCUUACGAGACCGCCCAGAUCUCAAGGACAAGCCAGUCGUGGUAUGCCAUGCUGGCUCUUCCGAAGGUAUUGGGGCAGGUGAGAACAGCACCUCUGAGAUUGCUUCGUGCAAUUACAUUGCUCGAGAAUUUGGGGUCCAGAAUGGCUGGAGCUUGGGUCGUGCUCGUCAAUUAUGCCCUCAUAUCCAUCCGAUCCCGUACGACUUUGAAGGGUACAAAGACAUAUCGAUCGUCUUCUAUGCGCUACUACUUGCCCAUGCGGACGCAAUAGAAGCCGUAUCGGUCGACGAAGCUCUGAUCGACGUUUCCAGGCUACUUCACUCGAUGCGAGAAGCUCGGGACCGUCCGCUUGACGAGGAAUGCGACGAGGAGCGUCGCGCUUUAUUGUCCGCUUACAGAGGUCACGUCAGUAGUCAAGGAGUGCAUUGGACGGAGGAAAAGCAGUUGGCAGAAGCGCUGCGAGAUGUAAUCCGGCGUCAGACGCGCUGUGAGGCCAGUAUCGGGAUCGGCGAGAAUGUACUCCAGGCUCGUCUGGCUACGCGGUACGCAAAGCCCGGCGGCUCGUACCAUCUACGGGCCGAGGAUCUAGAGACCUUCCUGGGCAAGCUCGAUAUCGACGAUUUACAAGGUGUAGGCUACAAUACUCGCCGCCGCUUCGAGACCGUCUUUGGCACGUCCAACAUUGCCGAGCUCAAGAAAUCUGCCUCCCAAUCUCGCUUCGUAGCUGAACUUGGACCCAAGCUUGGAAAGCAAGUGUGGGACAAGAUGUAUGGUCUCGACCGCGCUGAGCUCGAAGGUGCCAAGCAGAGGCAGAGCGUGGGUGCGGCAGUCAACUAUGGUAUUCGUUUUGCCAAUCAGGACGAGGCAGAGAAAUUCGUGCGCAAUUUGUCGCAAGAGGUGUCGAAUCGUCUCGUCAAGUACAAGCUACGAGGGCGUCAGCUCAAUACGAUUAUCAUGGUGCGAGACCCAGCUGCUCCAGUCGAAGCGCCCAAGUUCCUUGGUCAUGGCAUCUGCGACGUCCACAAUAGAGGUCAAGCAAUGAGCGGACCUGGGGGCGUAGCCACGAACGAGCCCGAUGCCAUCUUCAAGGUCGCUUGGAAGUUGAUCAAGUCGCUAGGAGCGGAUGCGAGAGAGUUGAGGGGAAUUGCAAUGAGCUGUACAAAGCUUGAGCCAACGGAGACUUUUGGCCCACCGAAGCCACGUGCAGGCCAGUCCUUGCUCAAUUUUCGAGCGGAAGUCUCGCCGACAAAGCAGCCGACAGCGGCCGUCGUGGCCCCAAGUCCUUUGCGAUCGUCUGUGAAACGGGCAGAUGUUGCAGAGCAAGAAGUGCAUAUCAUACCGCCUAGCGAGAAGGCUUCCAUGCAGCGAGGCAGAGCUGGGCUUACUGAUCAAGAAGCCGAAGACGAUGAGGAUGAUGAAGGAGAAGAGACGUUACAAGCUGGUCCUUUCGAGCAGAUACACAGUCAGAGCCAGCGUCAGCUCACGCCCUUGCCAGAGCGUCCACCGAGUCCUCAUGUCAACAAGCGCCUCCACGUCGCGCCGUCUGGACCCGCACCGUCUCGAGCACGCUCGGCCGAGCCGAUCUUGCGCAGCCAAGAGAGACAGGAUCAGUCUAGAUCGAACACAAGCUCAGAAGCGCUCGCACUACCCACAAUGUCUCAACUCGACCCUUCUGUGCUGUCCGAGCUUCCGCCAGCCAUACGAAGGGAGGUACUGAGAGAGUCGAAGCGAUUAGCAGCAGUAGGCUCGUCUGCUUCCAGUGGGAGAGAUCUUGCCCUGCCUGGUCCGGCAAUGACGCGCUCUUUGUCCUCGUCACCUGCCAAGGCCAGGAAGACGGCUUCUCCAUCACAUCAGCGCAUACUACCCUUUGUCACUACCCGCAGUAACGCCCUCCCACCCCUUCCAGCACGCCUACGCUCCGAAAAGCCUCAAACCCUCGCCCCACCUCAACCAGCCUGGAUCAAGGACCCAUCAAAGGCAACACGCGCGCAGCUCCUCGAGCUCGAAAUCGACUAUGACGUCUUUCGAGCCCUGCCGGAGGGGAUGCAGCGCGAGACGCUCCUCGAGCACUCGCGCACGCUGAAGGGAAAAGAGGCAAGGUCUAAAUUGGCUGCGCAUAGGCAAGAGAGGACGUUGGCAGAGGAGAGACGGGCGGAGAGACAGAGGGCGGCAGCUCAACUCACCGCCGCCUCCUCGAAUGUCGCGUCUGCUCUGGUGAACGGUAGCAGCGAGAUUGCCCCCCUCGAGCUCGGUCCUCGUGCCAGACGCGUCGCUCAGUGCGAGGAGCAGGCCGGCCUUCUCCCACGGAUCCGCGAUCGCUCAGCGACGGAAGAGGUACAGGAGCUGCUCAGUAGCUGGAUCCGGCGACAUGCGAUGCAGAGACCUAGGAGUAACGAUGUAGCCAAAUUCUCUGCCUUUCUCACUAGGUGCAUCGCCGGUAGUGACGGACGUGCCGCUGCCGAUUUGGGCGCAGGGUUUGCCAAGGCCAAGAAGGCGAGCUCGACUCCAAGCUCAGUGGAGGUAGUCCUCGUAGGUAGCACGAUGGACGAUCUGGAAAAAGUGGAGCAGCUGCUGCGCCACUGGCAAAACGAGCUCAGGGAUUUAGUGGGCCUGAAGAUCGACUCUUCGAGCGGCAGCGGCGAUGAGGAAGAUCUGAGAGGGAUGCAAAGGAAUAGCAAAGCUCGUGAAGGGUGGUGGGAGGCUUUUGAGUCCGUACUCGAUGAGGUGAAUCGGAUCGUGCAAAGGAGAUUCGGUGGGAGUUUGCGGCUGGUGUAA